AUGACCUCAUUGACCCGCGGCAUGCAUCUGACCUCAUCCACCUCCUGCAGCUGUCAGUCCUCCGGGACCUCAUUCACCUCCUGCAGGUGUCGGUCCUCCGGGACCUCAUCCACCUCCCGAAGCUGUUGGUCCUCCGGGACCUCAUCCACCUCCUGCAGCUGUUGGUCCUCCGGGACCUCAUCCACCUCCUGCAGCUGGUGGUCUUCCGGGACCUCAUUCACCUCCUGCAGCUGUUGGUCCUCUGGGACUUCAUCCAUGCCCUGCAGCUGUAGGUCUUCUGGGACCUCAUCCACCUCCUGCAGCUGUUGGUCCUCUGGGACCUCAUCCACCUCCUGGAGCUGUAAGUCUUCUGGGACCUCAUCAACAUGCUACAUGUGUCUGUCUUCCGGGACCUCAUCCACCUCCUACAGCUCUUGGUCCUCCCAGACCUCAUCCACGUCCAGCAUGUGUCUUCCCUCCAGGACCUCAUCCAUCUUUUAUAGCUGCCUUCCUCUAGGACAUCAUUUACCUUUUUGUUCUGUGAGGCCUCUGGGACCUCCGACUACAUCUCCACUUAGUAACCUCUGGAUCCUCAGCCACCCCUUCUAGCUGGGUGGCGUCUGGCCCCUCAAUAACCACCUUCACAUGAAUCUCCUCGGUUACUUCAAUAAUCUCCAUUUGUGGCCUCUGGGACUUCAGCCACUUCCUCCACCAGGGUCUCCUCUAGUACAUCUGCCACCUCCUCCACUUGGCUGGCCUCUGCUAUCUGAACUCCUCCAGGACCUCAACCAGCUCCCCUACCCAUUGUUGCCUGUAGGACCUCGACCACCACCUCCACAUGUACUACUUGGUAUGUUUAUCUGA